ACAAUAACUCUAAUUUAAUUUUUUGAAAAUAACUAAAAACAUUUUCAAAAAUUUUUAAAAUUAUGAUGUUAGCUGAAUAGUAUAAACUCAAUAUGUAUUAUUAAACUUCGCAUGGUAUUCACGUAGCUAGUUACCAUGGCAGGAAAAACCACCAUAAAGCCAUUUAAACAUUCUAGCUUUACCUAUUGACCUAUAUUCAACUGCAGAAAGUACUAUGGAGACCAACCUGCAUUCAAGGAAUUCAUAAAGUAAGCAAUGGUUGUGUGACAUCUUUCAAAUUUCGAUAACUUUUUUAUAGUUAAUAAUUCUAAAGCAUAAGGAAAGAUGCAAGCAGAUCAACAGCAGAGUAAACGUACACGCUCAUAUGUGGAGGAGGUUUUCCGGCUAAUAGAAGAAAAACCAGAUAUAGUGGAUAUAAUUAUAUUGAACAAAAAUGGCAAUCCCGUCAAGACGACCAUGGAGAAACAAAUGGCUAUUGAGUUUGCUGGUCUAUAUGAAAUAUUGAAGGAGAAAGUACAAUUGGGCUUACAAAAGAUUGAUCCGAAAGAUGAGUUAUUAAUGCUACGUGUGCGGACCAAAGCCAAUGAGGUACUUAUAACGCCAGAUGGAAAAAUUACUGUGAUGGUGGUACAAAAUGCGCAGGAUAGAAUACAGUUAUGAGUGUUAUUCCAAAUUUUAAAAAACCAAAUUACACGAAAAAUAUAUA